AUGGCGCGGUGGAGCGCGCUGAACCAGCAAUGGACGAUUUGGUUUCUCGUUUUCCUUCUGCAUGGAGUCCUUUCUACACCUGGUCCAUGUGAAGUCGAGACGGGUCAAUCCAGCAUCAUAGUAGAUAUUGAGGAAAGCAGAGGAGACCAAGUCAACCAAAGCACAGUACCAGCCACUCUGCCAAUAGUCGGCGAGCCUGAUGUAGACAUAUUGUUGUCUACCGUCUUCCCCAAGGGACCCACACUGUUCCAGCUUGAUGGGAAGAGACUGCAACUUCUUCAACCACUAGAUAGGGAUGCAGAUAAUCUAUCGCAUAUGGUAUUCCAGCUUGUUUGUCAAGUGAAAUCAACGAAAAAGCGACGCACCAUACCAGUUAUAGUACGAGUUUCGGAUAUAAACGACAAUGCACCAGCUUUCCAGGGAACACCGUAUGAGACUAGUGUCUCUGAGCUCGUACCGUUGGGUACUACAAUAUUCGAUAAAAUUAGAGCAGUCGAUAUCGAUGCUGGUGUGAAUGGGUUAUCAGAAUAUUUCAUAGUACCAGGGGAUAAUAAAACAGUGGAGGCAGCUAAUGCGGUUGACGGAUAUGGCUAUUUUGCGAUACCAAUACCUCAUCAGGGCCAGGUCACAGUCAAUAGGAGCUUGGACUACGAGCGAACUCAGAAGUAUCUAGUCACUAUUGUUGCUUCUGAUCGUGCCCGUGACACCAAGCGGCGUAUGUCAAGUACGACCACAAUGACCGUGAACGUUGAAGAUGACGAUGACCAAGACCCUUCCUUCAUAUACAAAGGCUGCUCCCCACACGAGGGCGCUUGCAUCAAUCCUGAAUAUUCUAGCUAUGUUAACAGCGGUGUGCUCGCUGGAAUCCUUACAAUAGAACCAGAAAAGGUCCAAGCUGUUGAUAUGGACACAUUGAAUGCCAGAAUAAAAUAUAGUAUCGAGAGUGGACAGCCAGAUACAUGGAGUACAUACUUUGAAAUUGAUGAGAACUCUGGUGCUGUGAGGCAGAUAUUACCAGUUGAUACUGGCAUUGCUAAGAAGUUCCAACUGGUUAUUAAGGCGGAAGAAAUAUCUGAAGCAAAACGAUUCACAACCGCAAAGUUAACGAUAACCGUUCGUCCGGUUGACGCUAGCCCACCCGUGGUAUCUGCGACGUCUGAUGAAGGAAGGGUAGAAGAAAACUCUCCUAAGGGAACCAAGAUUUUGGGUUCAGACGACCAAAAUAUUCGCUUCAGUGUUUCAGAUCCAGACCUGGGCCCUGGUGAUCCAAUACCUAAAUACACAUUCGAGUUGACUAAUAACUUCUUCGAUAUAGACAAGGAUGGAUACCUCACAGUCAAUGAUGACCACUUGGAUAGGGAUCCGCCAAACUUAGGACAUUAUAGAUUCCAGAUCGUAGCUCGCGAAGUGAAUGGAGGUGCAGCAUCAGCUCCAUACUCGGUGCUGGUCUAUCUCCUGGACCAGAACGACAACGCGCCUGUCAUACCUAAGACACAGCCCAUCAAUGUGCCUGCUAGCUUGGAGCCAGCUCCGAUUUAUAAGGUGGAAGCGACGGACAUAGAUGAGGGUGAGAACGCGCGUAUAUCUUACAGUAUUUAUCACGUAUCUAACAACGGCGGUAACAAGUUCACUAUCGACCCUAGCACCGGAGUUAUUUCCAGUACCGGUCGUCUUCAAGCCGGAGAACAAUACAGUGUAACAGUCAGAGCGACUGAUUCAAAAGGACUCAGUUCGCAAGGAAUUGUCGAACUGAUGGUUGCUCCAGGACCAAAUACAAGACCACCUCAGUUCUCGUCUAGAGAUUAUUACGCGCCCGUGUCCGAAGGAGCGGCUAUUAACUCCACAGUUACCACUGUUACGGCGAAGGAUCCAGAAAACGAGCCCGUAACGUACUCCAUAGUUUCCGGUAAUGAUCUACGUCAGUUUUCGAUCGGCGCGAACACCGGUAUUAUCACUGUUAUACGUAGAUUGGACCGGGAAGUCCUCACUCGGUAUCAGCUGAUGGUAAGAGCAGAAGACCCUGGCAAACUCUCGACCACAGCAACUGUUAACAUUAAAGUGACAGAUAUCAAUGAUAACAAUCCUAAAUUUGACGAGGACUCAUACACGUUUCACGUUAAAGAAGGUCUUUUGAGCGAACAAGUGGGUUACGUACACGCAACGGAUAUAGACGAAGGAGUGAAUGCAAUAGUCAGCUACAAUAUCCCCUCAAAUCUACCAUUUUCGAUCGACAACGCGUCCGGUCUUAUCACCACUAACACAGAACUCGAUUAUGAAGAAACCAAGGAGUAUGCUUUCGUCGUAACUGCAACAGAUGGCGCUAUAGACAAACGUUUAGGCACCGCAUCAGUCACCGUAUUAGUCGAUGACGUGUCAGACGAGCCUCCAGUCUUCUCUCAAUCUCUAUAUUCAGUCCAUGUACCGGAAAAUGCACCUAAUUACCCUGUCGUUAAGGUUCAUGCUGAUGACCCUGACACGACACCAGAGAUAACAUACACGAUCCUAAAAGGUGACACAGAUUCCUUCUCCAUAGAACGUAAGAGUGGUAUGAUUCGCACCGUCAAGCCUUUGGACCGGGAAAUGAUAGCGAGACACGAACUCACUAUUGGCACUGAAGAAAACAAUGGCCAGGGCAAAGGGGCCACUACUACUGUGGAAAUUGUUGUUGACGACAAAAACGACAAUACUCCAGUAUUUACGUCAGCCAUACGUCCUGUUACAAUUGAAGAUACUGCGUCCAUCGGCUCAUUAGUAGAAACUGUAGUAGCAUUAGACGCUGAUUCUACUCCACCCAAUAACAGGAUAAGAUACGCGUUAGUAGGACGCGGAAAAGCAUCCAUAUAUUUCCACGUGGAACCUGACACUGGUGCUAUAAGGCUGAGGGAUGAUUUGAGAAAGGAAACUGAUAGUGAAUAUACUGUGGAAGUGCAAGCGUACGACGAAGGAGACCCGGUACUGUCGUCAGUCACAAGCCUUACUGUUUACGUCAGUCAUUCCGCUACUGUGCCGCCAGAUGUAAGACUAGGUUUUGCUGACACGACAUACACUGAACACGUUGCUGAGAAUUCGCUUAACGGUACCCUUAUUCGAACUUUGCCGAUUUGGAACAAAAACAAACACUCCAGAGACACACCACUGAAAUGCCUUUUAACAAACUCUUCAGAAAAAGGCGUAUUCUACGUGAAACUAAAUGAAGAUAGAGAUUGUGCUAUCUAUCUCAACUCGUCCAUAGAUUAUGAAACUCUUACCGAAUACUCACUGGAAGUCCAAUUAGAAUCCAUACAAGGGCAUAUAAACCCAGAGAGUAGUAAGGCAACCAUCAACGUGCACGUUAAGGACGUAAAUGACAACGCACCCGUGUUCGUAUUCAACGAACAAUCGAAUAUUGCAGCGGCAAAGGGAAAGUACUUCGCCAUUGCUACUAAGGAUAUGCCUUUGGAUACGAAUAUACUACAAGUUCAGGCGAAAGACAAAGACAGUGGAGAUUAUGGCAAAGUGGAAUACCGCAAGAACGGCUGGACGAAGGUUGCGGAAGAGUAUUUCUCUCUAAACGCUGAAACGGGAGUUAUUUCCAAUACCAAAACAUUUGACAAUGUCCCCAAAGAAGUGUUACCAUUCAAGUUCAAUGUCAUGGCGAGAGACAAUCCCAAGUCUGAUAAUUAUAAGACGGCCAGGGCUUCUGUUGUGAUAAACUUAUUACAAAAAGACAACCAGUUAAUCAUGGAAGUGUCAGAUUUGAACCUUAGGUCAUUGACAACGCUUAAAGCGCGUAGUCUGUUAGCGGAAAUAGAAGAGAAGAGUGGACUAUAUGCUGGAUUGGAGAAACUGACUCCAAAACUGUAUUUGGGAGAGAACGGCACUCUUGAAGAAGAUAACAACGGAACAGCAGUUUGGCUUUACUUGUUAGAUCCCAUUAGUGGGCAGAUUUUAGCAAGAGAGUCUCAGCCGGUUAAAAAAGCCAUAACUUCUGGAAUAAGGGUCCAAGCUCCUCUAGUCCCAGCGGAGCCUCCUCGACGUACGCACAUAGCAGCCGCCCCUCUGACCACUGCCCUUCCAGCUGCACUUUUGGCUCUCGCGGCUCUUGUCCUGGUCGCUGCUACUGCUGCUACAGUCUAUAUAUGCGCAUCGUGGAACAGAUACAAGAAACACAAAGAGCAAGCCCUUCAACAGCAGUACAGUACUAUGAGUUUAAGUAUGCCCCCUCCUAGGCCAGCCUCGGGAUAUGAAUCCAGUGAAGAUGAACCGGCACCUCGAUACGAAACUCAGGUUUUAAACAUGGCUGUAGAUGACGCAGAUCUGCAAUUGGACUUCAGUCCAAACAACCACGCGUUUAAUAUUCACAACGUUCAGUACUUAUCUAAAGAUAACGGCGAAAGAAGCCCCACAUUAUCCGAAACAGCGACCACAGCUCGGGCGUCUAGUGUUAAUGAAAAUGGCGGAACACUUAACAACAUGACUAAUUUUGAUAACAACGCAAUCCGCAAUACUCAGACCCUUAAUAGGCGGUCACACAACAGCCACCCCUUAAACAAUGCGAUUGGCACUCUGCCAAGGGCCAACAAUAACAACCACGGAUUGUUAGCAACCACUUUGGGAAGGAAAAUAAAUGGGAACAAUCAUAAAAAGAAAACAUCCCCGAUUAUGGCGUAUGAUGAAAUACCAGGAUUACAAAGAGCCACAGAUAAUGACAACGUAACGUUCGGUAAAAGAAACUUCAACGGGUUCUCGUACGACCAAUCCCCGGUCGAAACUACCACAGAACUAUGA